CUUGAAUAGAUUUUAUGUUUGCCCAUGUCACUGUGGUUACCGUUUGAGUCCGGAAGUGGCCCUGAGCUAAAGGAAACAUGGCUGUGCAAAGCUGGAUUGAUAGCCUAAAAUCUUCAAAGAAAACAGCCCUGACACACGACGGUAAGAGGAAGAUCCACUACCUCUUUAAAGAUGGAAGAGAGAUGGCAGAGGAGUAUGACUUAAUUACAGAUGAACUUAUUGUACGAAAAUGGCGUGCUAAAAGCACACUUGGAGCACAAGGACAAUGGCAAGUAGAGGUUGGAGAGCCAUUUUCAGGCCCUGUCACAUCUCUGGAUUCAGAAGUGAUCAAGGAGAACUGCUCCAAUCCUGUAUUUAUGCGUAAAGACACAAAGACAUGCUUUCAGUGGCGGAUACGCAACCUCCCCUACCCUAAAGAUGUCUUCUGUGUUUUUGUUGAGUCAUCAGAGAGAUGCAUUAUCAUCAAAACCUCAAACAAAAAGUAUUAUAAGAAGUUUAGAAUAACUGAUCUGGAUCGCAGUCAGGUGCCACUAGACGGCUCCGCCCUCAGCUUUACUCAUGCCAAUAACACUCUGAUUAUCAGCUACAAGAAACCCAAGGAGAUCUUAACCCUUGAACAGGAUCUACUGAAGGAACUGAAGAAGCUAAAGGGGACCAAUGAAGGGGACGUGGACUGCAAAACUCAGUGAAUUCAAACAGUCAGACUGCAAGGAUAAUUCUGUUGGUGCUUUUAUAGCAAAACGUUAAUUGGCAAAUUUUCAGUCACAUUUGAGGUCUCUCUUAUUGUUCUUUUUCGUAGUGCCUCUUUAUGAUCUAAUUCUUCUGUGUUUACUAAUUGAUGCCUUUUACUUGAGUUGUUAAUGUUCAAAGUUUUUCUGACAUUUAUAUUUGAUUCAGACACAUUUAUUAAAUAAACCACAUUCUGU